GUCGGCUUCUGAACGCAGCAUUGUUGUCUGCUCGCUCAAGAUGGCUUCCAUUCCAGCUUAAUUUAGAUAACAAUUUAUAAUGUUUUUGAGAUUUAGUGUUUAUUAUUUGUUUCCUGACAACGUAAUACUUGUGUGAUUCGUUCCUUGUUUGUUUAUGCCGCUCGUAAAUUUGAACCAGUCGUAAAUCAAUGGCAUCGUUUGCUGCUCAAGCUGCUCUGCGUUCCAAGUGGACCGAUUUGGUCGAAUCGUCCAACUUCGAGGUUCCCGGAGAAGUAUCUUCCGGAGUAAGGAGUGUGGUUGGAUGGCUCAAACAGUGAGCGUUAUCCAUAUGUACGAUAGGAUAGCGAUUGCGAUAGCUAAUCGCCAGGCUCCAGCCACUUGAAAACAGCCAGAACAAUGUUCCGCUCCACACUAAGGCUGUAUGGUUGCAGCCAAUUUGCUCUAAAUACUUUAAACAACAAAGGGAAUGCAUGCCAAAGCUCUCGGAUCUUCUGUAUAUUUCCGGCAUCGUUGGAAGUAAGACAGGCGGGACGUCGGACAUUGGAUCGUGCGACAGGAACCAACAGUGGCGGGGGCACAAUGUCGCAGUCCGACUCAGUGUUGACGAUUCUCCACUUCAACGAUGUCUACAACGUGCAGCCGCAGCGCGAAGAGCCCGAGGGAGGGGCUGCUCGCUUUGUGGCGGCCAUUAAGGCGCAUGCGCAUCUCGAUCCUCUCGUCCUGUUCAGCGGAGAUGUGUUCUCACCGAGCAUGCUGAGCACAUUCACGAAAGGCGAACAGAUGAGCUGUGUGCUGAACAACUGCAACGUGGCUUGUGCCGUGUUCGGAAACCAUGAGUUCGAUUUCGGCCUGGAGGUGCUGAGUGCUCGCACCGCGGAAACCAACUUUCCCUGGUUGAUGUCGAAUGUGAUCGACAACGAAACUGGCCGACCCCUGGGGGAUGGCAAGAUCACCCAUGUUGUGGACUGGGUGGGCAAGCGACUUGGUCUGAUUGGCCUCGUGGAGAGAGAGUGGCUCGACACGUUGGCUACCAUCAAUCCCGAUGAAGUCACCUUCUUGGAUUUUGUCGAUGUUGGCAACAAGUUGGGUGAUAAACUGAAGCAAGAGGGCUGUGAUUACGUGAUAGCCUUAACUCAUAUGCGGAUGCCCAAUGACAUCCGUCUAGCCGAAAAUUCCACUCAUAUUGAUCUCAUUCUAGGAGGUCAUGACCAUAACUACGAUGUUCGUAAGGUGAACGAUAGAUACAUUAUAAAAAGCGGAACGGACUUCAGACAAAUGUCUCGCGUGACCGUCUCGUUCUGUGGAUCAACAGCUGAUGUGCGUUGUGAGAAGAUUGAUAUAACGGCUGCAGCCUACAAUGAAGAUGAGCUUACCCAAACGCAAUUAGAACGUUUUUCAGGUGUGAUGGAAGGUAAAAUGAGUGAACUGCUUGGAGAGUUCGCGGUUUCUCUGGAUGGGCGGUUCGAGGCGGUUCGUCGAGGAGAGACGAACCUCGGCAACUGGGUGUGCGACAUCAUCCUAGCAGCCACUGGUGCCGACUUGGUCAUCCUCAACUCCGGAACUCUGCGAGCUGACAAAAUCCUCCCCCCUGGGCCGUUCACUCUUGGCGAUCUCGUCAAUAUUGUUCCAAUGCGAGAUCCUCUUGUUGUUUUGCAAGUUUCAGGUGCAGACAUUCUGCUAGCUCUUGAGAACGGCGUGUCUGCGUAUCCUCGCCUGGAGGGUCGGUUCCCGCAGGUGGCCGGAGUGAGCUUUGGCUUUGACCCGACGGCCCCACCCGGGCAGAGGGUGGAUGCCUCGCUGGUCAGGGUGGGUGACGAGUAUCUCGAUCCCAACCAGAAGUACCUGCUUGCCACCAAGGCCUAUCUGCAUUCCGGCUGUGAUGGAUACACUGGCUUCAAACAGGCUACUGUUGUGUUGGACGAAGAAGAGGCUCCUGAACUCGGAUUGGCGAUCCAGAAUCACUUUGAGGCAAUCAAGGUGCGGAUGGGCAAAAGUCGCCGAAUGUCACGCCACAGGCAAAGCCUUGUCACGUUGUCACGCAGGCACAGUCUGGUGAAGAUGCUGGACCAUACAGAACUGGAUGGACCACCACCUCUGCGACGGUCUCUCACUUCUUCAGACAGAGACAGUGGAUCACCCAGUCACCCUCUCACUCACACUCACUCUCAUGCUCAACCCCGUCUCACAAGACGUGCUUCCCUCGAUGAUCUGGAGAAUGACACCUGCGCACUGUCUCCACGGGUUGAGGGGCGCAUUGUUCUGCUUACCGAUCAGGUUCGUAAGGAAAUGCUGUUAGAGAGACAACGGCGAGAGGCGGACUCUGUCAUUCCUGAGGUCGAGGAAUCUGACUCAGGUUCCCCCACCACUCCAUACCGACCUGGUGAGCUUCAUAGCAGUAGCUGAAGUUGGUGUGAUCAAGGAAACGAAGGAGCAAUUCAAAAUGGAGGCUGUAGGGAACUUCCGUCUAACUUCCAUUUGUUCCUUAUAAAUUCUUUGUAAUUAGGUGCUAAAGCUGUCGCAGUUGAAUUCCGACAAUAUUUACCAAUUUUAUGUCAAGUUCGCUUCCGCUCAAGCUUAUCAAAUGUUUCAAUUGUAUUAUUUAUUAAUUUUAUCUACUAUAACGUUUUUGUUCGAAUUGUUUAUCGUUUGUUAUUAUCAGUUGUGCUGAUGAUUCGUUAGAAAUAUUUUAUUCUUGAAAAAA